AUGGAUCUGCCGCAUGUGAAUCGUCAAAUCGGGGAUAGAUUUGCAUGGCUAUGUGACAACGAGUUUUCACACCAGGCGUUGGCAGGGGUUAACCCAGUAAACAUUGAACUCUUUGGUGAUAAUGCUUCAGCAGUUGUGCCAGUAGACAACUUGACAAAUUUUCCCCCUGUUAAUACUCCAGUGGCAGCACCUGUUGGGCAUGUAUCCAUGUCCCCCCUUGGGGUUGGUGCUCCAGUAGCUAUAACAGCAAACAAAUCGACAACAUUUUCAUCGGGAUUGCCAUCAAACGGUGCAAAUUCAUUUGUCAAAGUUGCUGAUGGAGGGCAGUGGCCCAACAUGCUUCCUCAUCAACCUUCUUUAUUUCCUGCUACUGGUAGUCAGCCUACUGCUCAGCCAUUCACUCCACCAGUUAGUGGAUCUUCAAACAAUCAGCCAUGGAAUUUGUCUAUUGCCUCAAAUCCACAAGGUCCUUCAAGUAUACCAUCUGCACAAAUAUCGUAG